AUGUCGCGACAAUCAUACGGUGACGAGGACAACGGGUUUGACCUGGAAAAGGAGAAGGACGUGUACAUUGAACAGGCUGUCGAACAAGUCCACAAUGGCAACAUGACUGCUGAAGAAGCCGCAUUCCUCGCAAAUUUCUCAGAAGACCAGAGGAAGGCAGUGGUUCGCAAAGUGGAUUGGAGACUGGUCCCGAUGCUACUCGUGCUGUACCUCAUCAGUUUUAUAGAUCGUGCAAAUAUCGGCAAUGCAAAGAUUGAAGGCUUGCUUCCCAGCUUGAAGAUGACUGGUACCCAGUACAACAUCGCACUUGCAAUCUUCUUCAUCCCUUAUACCUUGGCCGAGGUACCCAGCAAUGCGAUUCUGAACAUGUUCGAGCGACCUUCUCUAUUCAUGGGAGCCAUUGUCACAGCAUGGGGCCUAGUCAUGACUUGUCAUGGGUUCGUGAGAAAUUUCGGGGAGCUUUGUGGUGUGAGAGUAUUGUUGGGGCUCUUUGAAGCGGGUUUCUUCCCGGGCGCCAUCCUGCUCAUCUCCAAAUGGUAUCUUCCUGGCGAGAGUCAAACAAGGAUUGCCAUAUUCUUCACUGCGAGUGCCAUUGCCGGAGCCUUUAGCGGUCUUUUGGCAUUCGGCAUUGCAAACAUGUCCGGAGUAGGAGGCUACGAAGGGUGGCGAUGGAUCUUCAUCCUCGAAGGCAUCGCAUCAGUAGCGGCUGGCGUAGCCUGUUUCUGGCUCCUCAUCGAUACUCCGAAACACUCGAGCCGCUGGCUUUCGCCUGACGAGAUACGAUACCUUGAAUUGCGCCAAGUAGCUGCAGGGCGUGUCCGACCCAAAAGUGCAAAGAAAGAGAAAGCCUUCGAUCGGCACAUACUGUGGGCUGUAAUGACUGACUGGAAGAUAUACCUUCUAAUUCUCCAGUUUUGGAGCAACGUUACACCCAACUACGGCCUGAAAUUUACAAUGCCACAAAUCAUUAAGAACAUGGGAUACACAUCGGCCAACGCACAACUACUCACCAUACCAUGCUACACCGUGGGAGCAAUCGCCGCAUAUGGCUUCUCGGUCAUCUCGGAUCGAUACAAGUGGAGGAUGCCAACUAUUGUAUUCCCACAACUGUGCGUGGUGACAGCAUACGCCAUCCUCUGUGCCAAAGCAGGUGAUAUCUCGAAUAACAYCCCAGCUUGCUACUUCGCCAUCUGUCUCGCGUGCUUUGGCCUUUAUCCCAUCGGACCCGGCGUCCAAGCAUGGAAUAUGAAUAACCUCGCCGGACCAGCCAAGCGGGCCAUGGGCAUUGGGUUCAUGACAGGAGUGGGAAACAUGGGUGGCAUCACUGGUAGCUUCAUCUUCAUCGAGCAGGAAGCUCCCACAUACCCGGUGGGCUUCGGCGCGUCUUUGGGCUUUGCGGCCGCGGGUGUGUUGGCCGCUUUGGGACUCGAGUUGAUGUUGUGGACUUCUAACAAGAAUGAUGCGAAGCUUACGGAGGAUGAAAUUCGCGCCAUGUAUAGCGAGGAGGAAUUGGAUAAUAUGGGAGACAAAAGCCCACUAUUCAAAUAUACUCUAUAG